CGAUGUUAUAUAUAAACAUUUUCUCCUCAUUUCAGACAAAACAAACAAACCAUCAAGAGUUAGCAAGUAACAACAACACAACACUCACAUCACAAUCAAAGAGAGACACAAAAAAAUGGGUAAUUCUUUUGGAUGCUCCGCUUCCGGUGAGAGACUGGUGUCGGCGGCGAGAGACGGUGACCUUGUGGAGGCCAAGAUGCUCUUGAACUGUAACCCUUGUCUUGCUAAAUACUCUACUUUUGGGGGGCUUAAUUCUCCUCUUCAUUUUGCAUCUGCAAAGGGUCAUAACGAGAUUGUUGCAUUGUUGCUUGAGAAUGGAGCUGAUGUUAAUUCAAAAAAUUAUUCUGGACAGACGGCCUUGAUGCAAGCCUGUAGAUAUGGUCAUUGGGAAGUUGUACAGACACUUCUACUCUUCAGAUGCAAUGUUAUGAGAGGAGAUUAUCUCAGUGGGAGAACAGCUCUUCACUUUGCAGCAAUGAACGGCCAUGUAAGAUGUAUUAGACUUGUUGUGGCCGAUUUUGUUCCGAGUGCGCCUUAUGAAGCUAUACGUGCUCGCUCGGAUGCUGACAAUGGUGGUGGAUCAAAUGUGAGAGGCAAAAAUGAAGAAAGUGCCCUGUCGAAGUUUGUAAAUAAGACGGCGGAUGGUGGUAUCACUGCCCUUCAUAUGGCUUCGUUAAAUGGUUACUUUGAUUGUGUGCAACUGCUACUUGAUCUUGAUGCAAAUAUGUCUUCUGUGACAUUUCAUUACGGAACAUCAAUGGAUUUAAUCGGGGCCGGAAGCUCUCCUUUGCAUUAUGCUGCCUGUGGGGGUAAUUUAAAAUGCUGUCAGAUCCUCCUUGCAAGAGGUGCAAGUCGAAUGUCUUUGAAUUGCAACGGGUGGCUUCCGCUUGAUAUUGCUCGGAUGUGGGGCCGCCAUUGGCUUGAACUGUUGUUGGCACCCAGUUCUGAUGCGGUAACACCCGCCUUCCCUCAUUCAAAUUACUUGUCCUUGCCUCUCAUGAGUGCUCUCAACAUAGCAAGAGAGUAUGGAUUGCAAUCCUCUACGACUUCCUCUGACGAGAUCGACUUUUGUGCCGUAUGCCUGGAGAAGCCAUGUUCGGUGGCAGCAGAAGGAUGUGGACAUGAACUUUGUGUCAGAUGUGCGCUCUAUCUUUGCUCGUCGAGCAAUGUUUCUUCUGAAACCGUUGGCCCUCCUGGCUCUAUCCCUUGCCCGCUUUGUAGACACGGAAUUGUCUCGUUUGUCAAGUUGCCAGGCUCCCAAGCAAAAGAAAACAAAUUACAUUUGUCUCUUGGUCUCUGCACGCCAUGCAUGCUACAUCCACGUGACGUAGAUCAGCCGCAUCUUUCUCACGCAUCAGAGACCCAAAGAAACUGUGUUGACUCUGUUCCUUCGGAGUUACUCUGCCCCGUCACAUGUAGUCCGUUUCCAUCUAUGACAAUACCUAUGUGCACCUGCAACGACGGUUCAUGUCCAUCAUUCGAACCGCGCAACGUAGAAGCACGAGACGAACCGCCUCGUCACUCGCAAGCAUCAACAACGGAUCAAGAUAAAAUUGAAGGCCCGAGACUGGAUAAAACAACUUGCUCAAACAUGCUUUGGGGUAGAAGAAGUUACAGCAGGGAGAACCAAUGCAAUUCCGAAAUAAAUGCUUGAAUCGGUUUGUGCUUGUAUAGAUAUUGGUUACAUUUUUCAAUGAACAGAGCUGUCUGUCUGCAGUUUUUCUAACAGGCCAGCCUCAACGGUGGAACUCGGUCGAUAUAUCAGAAAGACGCAAAAACUCUUACGCAGAAUUCUCUGGUAUUUAAGCUACUCUAUCACCAUCUGCAUGCCAUCUUGAGACAUCAUGUGUAAAAUUAGUUUAAGUUAUGGGAGAUUGAGAUUGUGAUAUAUUGUUUUUGGAUUUUUAUUUUAUCAGAGAAAUGUGUUUUUUUAAGACUAGAAAAUAUAAUAUAUAUUAUAGAUUAGGAGUUAUCUGUAUAUUAUGGUUACAAAGCCCAAAUCUAGGGACUGGAAGAACUUGCUGAUGAAAUUAUAAAUAUUUUUUGGGGACA